GCGAGCUCCGCUGCCGGCUCUGCUUCCUGCCGGCGCGGGGCGGGACCGGCGUUGCCUGCCUCUCCCCGCCCCGCUCGGGCCCGUGAGCGCGGGCCAUGGCGGCUAGAAACGCGGGCACCGAGCUGGAGCUUGGCUGGAUCUCCAAAGUGUAUGUGAAUCCACCUGCAGUUGUAAGGCAUGCAGAACAAAUUCAGAAAUGGCGGACUGUGAAAGGUAAUUGGCAAGCUGCUUGGCUGUUGAAAGCUGUCACCUGCAUAGACCUUACCACUCUGUCUGGUGAUGAUACUCCUUCAAAUGUUCACAGACUGUGUUUUAAAGCUAAGCAUCCCAUCAGAGAGGAUCUACUGAAAGCCAUGGAUAUGCAUGACAAAGGUAUUACUGUUGCAGCAGUUUGUGUAUAUCCUGCAAGAGUCACUGAUGCUGUUAACACCCUGAAGGCUGCUGGUUGUAGUAUACCAGUAGCUUCAGUGGCUGCUGGGUUUCCAUCUGGACAAACUCCUCUAGAAACAAAACUGGCUGAAAUAAAGCUGGCUGUGCAGUAUGGUGCUAGAGAGAUUGACAUCGUCAUUAGCAGGAGCCUGGUGCUCAGUGGCCAGUGGGAAGGUCUGUAUGAGGAGAUCCGCCAGUGCCGUGAGGCCUGUGGAGAAGCUCACAUGAAAACAAUCCUAGCAACAGGUGAACUGGGGUCCCUUGCUAAUGUCUACAAAGCCAGUAUGAUUGCUAUGAUGGCAGGUUCUGAUUUUAUAAAGACAUCUACAGGAAAGGAAGUGGAAAAUGCGACUCUUCCGGUCGGAGUAGUCAUGAUGCGAGCCAUUAAAGAAUUCUACUGGCAAACUGGCUUUAAGGUUGGAUUUAAGCCUGCCGGUGGCAUUCGGACAGCAAAAGAAGCUAUUACUUGGCUUAUGCUGGUAAAAGAGGAACUGGGAGUGGAAUGGCUGAAACCAGAGCUCUUUCGCCUUGGUGCAAGUAGUUUGUUGGAAGACAUUGAGAAACAGAUUUUCCACCACGUGACUGGCUCUUAUGCACUUCAACACGACCUGGCAAUGGCUUAAACACAGAAUCAACUCAGGAUUAUUUUUAUAAAAGAAGCCUUUAAAAAAGCAGCAUUCAAAAGUCUUCCGACAACUGAGUGCGUUUGAUAGAAUUAAGGGCGUUAUUCUCUCUUUUUCAUAUAUUACAGCAUUUAAAAAUAUGUUCAAGUCUGCUGGUUGUACUUGAUCAAAAAGUGGAAAAAAAUGGUAAUUCUGAAACAGUUAAAUAGUUAAUACUUACAGAUUUGCAAAGUUAAUCUUGCAAAGUCUUCCUCAGCCCAGCCUGAAAAGCUUAUUAAUGGCAACACUGAAAUACUAUGAAGAAGAUUUGGGUGUCCUGGUAGCGCUUUGCAGGCUGAGAAAUGAAGUAUCUAAAGAAUGUUUCAUAUUGCUAAUUAAGAGCUACAGAUCUUGGAACAGCUUUCCAUUCACCUCUGACUAGAUCUUUGGUAGGAUAUGUUGCACUAUUAAUUGUUAUGUUGAUUCGGUUUCAAGCAGUGUAACCUGAUAAAAUGAAACUUGGUUAUUUCUUUCUUUUAUAAAAUCUUGGUAGCAAAAAAACCUUUUUUUUAUUUUUUUAUUUUUUAUUUUUUUUAUUUUUUCCCCCAAACUUGGGCACAGACAUCCAUAUUUAGACCCUUGAAUAAAGGUGGCUUGAUUUCUGGAACAGCUGAGUAUCCACAGUUGCUCCUGAAGCUAAUGGGAGCUCUGGGUGAUCAGAACAACUGAAAAUCAAGCAGCCUCUAUAUAGAUGCCUAACUAUGCAUUCAGGAGGCUAUUUUCAGGCAUUUCACUCUUAAAAAUUUUAGUCUGUCUUGCUUAGAAGCUCCCAUUCCUGUCUCCUGUCAUUUUUAAACACAGUCAUGCAAAUCUUUGCAUUUUAAUGUAGGGGGGGUUGAGUAUCAGUUUACAGGUUUCUACGCUAUGCUAUCUGAACUUUAACUUUUCCCUUCUAAGAGCAUUUCUGUAAUUUAUAAGAAUUGUGUCCUAUACAGAGUUUCAGCCUUAAUGAAAAAGCACUUUUCUCAGAGGACAUUAAGAAUAAUACCUAAAUCAUCAAUACCUUUUGAAUAUCAGACUGGAGCUGGUAGAUUCAUUACUUCAGAGCUACAUUCUACUCACUAACAGGAGUUGUACUAAAAUCUUAAUUAUCAUCACGACUAGUCUCACUGACUUAAGUAGGUCUCAUCAGGGAAGUAAGAGGAGGAGGAUUUUGCUAUAAAUCAAGCUGCAAGGUGCAUUUAUUACAAAAAGAUCUUGACUUCAUAAAGAUAAUAACUCAGUUAUUUAUCUGGCUAAGCCACCUGAGUCGCUCUGUGAAACACAGCAUGGAGAGAUUUGGCCUUCUGAAGAAUCUUAGACAGCCUGAGGAAUAAGCAGAUGGCAAAGCGUUACUGGGUGACUGGCUGUCUUUGUCUUGUCCCAUUCAAGAGACAGCUAGCAACAGUGCAAGUCCAUUAGGAAGCAGUGAGGGCUGCAGCCUGGCACUCCUACAUCACUCAUGGUAGUGCUGAGAGCCCCAGACUGAGGUGAAGCUUGGCUCUUGGGUUGGUAGGUGCAUGACGAGGGGAGGCUGAGGCUGAGCAGGGCAAGAGAGUACUGGGGCUCAUGCUAGUGCUGACCCAUGAGACAGCUAGAGCUGGAAGGAAUGGUCUGACAUGCAUUCCAAGCUCAAGUUGGAGGCUGGUAUUGCAGAGCAUAUGUCCCCACUGAUGGAGAACUAGAAACGUUCUCAGUGUGGUCUUUUGAGUUUGUACUUGCAAUGGUGCUUUUAACCCUGACCAGCACUUCCUCUGCAGUCUUCCAUUUCUUCCCCUCAUGGCUGACCGUUGGCUGUUAUUUAUUUCCCAUUGUCACAGAGGAAUUGAGACUUUAUCUAGGUUGUUGCAGCUGGUCAUAACAGCUGCACAAAGUGUAUGAAAGGAGAUGGGGACUUGAAAUCAGUAACCAGGAAGGGGGCAGCACAGCACUGCUGAAUAGCCUUCAAAAAAAGUUCAGAUUUAGCACUCUGCUUCAGGCCUUUAAAAAAGAAGCAGGCAAUUAUGCCUGUUUAUCUGUAUUAAUACAUCUAUAUUUAGAUAAAUAAAUUUCAGAGUAUAACAUAUGUUUUGUGGAAGUCAGUCUAGUAUACUAAUCAUUAUUUUUGUAACACUUAUUCAUUUAGGAUUUUAAAUAGCUUCAUUUUGUUGACUACCUCAUUUUGCAAAUAAGUGAAUAAAUUCAAGAGGAAAGUCAAGUAGAAACUGCAAAUCUAGAAUAUCCUGUAUCAACUUAUUUACAAGAAGAGGGAACUGGGAGAAGGGGUAAGCUUUUUUCCCUGGUUUGCAGGAAACAAAGAUAUUAAAUAGUAAUUAUAUUCAAAGUGCACGUAUCAGCUGGGGCAAGUAAUACUUUGAUAGCUUUAUUUCAUCAGUAGUAUAAGUUCAUUCUUUCAUUUCCUUUCUGAAGCAGAGAACAUACAUUAUACACAAUAGCACAUGCUUCUGAGGCAGAAAAGGCUGAUCUACGUUUAAUUUUAUUUUGCUCAGUUGAAACUGGCUCCCUGCCUCCUCUGGGGAAAAAGGGAAAAAAAAAAAAAAAAGGAACAGCAACUUUUAUCCAAAUCUUGGUGCACUUUUGCUGAAAUUACCAGUGCUGACAUCUGGAUGAUACAUAAAGUGUGCAGUAGGAGUAGAGGGAGGGAAUUGCAUUUAAUUAGAUGUAACCUACCCAGGAGAACAAGACACGGAAAUGUCCAUCUGGCUAGUUCUUAUUAAUAGGACAACAAAGGAUAAAACUAUUUGUAGUAUAUGAAGACACCAUUGUUGAAACUACCAGUUGACCAUUUUUAUUAGAAUCCUAGACAGCCUGCACUGUAAAUUGAGAAGUAAGACUUGGAAAGAAAGAAGCGUCAAAAAAGGUGACAGUCCUUUCACAUCCUAAAAGGAAAGAGUAAGCAAGUGAUCAUAAGGUCCCAGCCAGUUAUUUUGUAGAGAUCCUUCCUCCUGAUCCAGACAAGUUACAGACUCUUUCUGCAAGGACCUACAGUAACAAAGGAAAGCAUGACAAAAUUGUUUUAAUAUCCUUUAAUAAAAUUUAACUCUGAUACAAGAAGGGAUGCCAACAAGAUGCUCUAGCCGUUCCUGAUGAGUCUAGUGAUUUUAAGUGGCUCUGGUUUGAGCACUAGGAUUAGCAUCCUGUGGGUUGCUAAUUCUUGGAACUGUUAGCAAAUGGAGGAAGUGGUUGUGGAAUUUAUUACACUUGUUUUUGUAAGUCUUGCUUUCUCUAAGGGAGGAGUAGACAAAGGAGCUUCAGAGGUUCAAUUAAUAAAGAUAAAUGUAGUAUCUCAACAAUAUGGUGCUGUAUAAAACCAAACCCCCCUGGUGGAUGAGGUUUUGCCCAGAAAAUCAGGAAAACUUGAUAAGCUCAUUUUUCCAUUUCACCAGUAGCAAUGAGAUCUGUUUGUAUUCAAAGACUUACGUAAAUUAUCACAUACUUACUAAUUUGCAGCAAGCAAGCAAACAAACUAGAGAAAAUCCUGUGUCUUGGCAAAAGCCAAUGCCAGGGCUGGGCUGGUGAUCCUUCAGUAUAGGGAUUCCCAUUGCCAUUUUAGCCCAGAGAGCAGAUGCACUACAGGUCGUAUCUGACAAGGCACACUUUCUAGCUGGCUGGCCUCACAAGAAAGCCCCGGGGUCUUGCUGACCAAGGCAGAGCAGUUGGUACAGCAGAAGGAAGGGAUGCCACCUAGAGGGACUUUGAUAAACUCGAAAGGUGGACCCUUGUGAGCCUAAUGAGGUUCAACAAAGCCAAGUGCAAGGUUUUGCACUUGAGGCAAUCCCAGACAUUGUACAGACUGGGAGAACUCCUUGAAAGUAGCGUUGCUAAAAAGGACUCAGGGUUCCUGGUUGAUGAAAAACUUCACAUGAGCCAACAGGAUACGCUUGCAGCCCAGAAGGCCAGCGGUAUCCUGGGUUCCAUCAGAAGAGGAGGGAGGCCAGCAGGGAGAAGCAAGGGACUGUACCCCUCUAUUCUGCAUUAGUGAGGACCCAGUUGGAGUCCAGCAGGCAUCCAAGUCUGGGGCCCCUGGCACAGGAAAGAUGUAGAAUUUUUGAAGAGGGCCCAGAGGAGGGCUAUGAAAAGGAUUUAAGUGCUAGAACACUUCUCCUAUAAAGACAGGAUGAAGGAACUGGACUUGUUCAGCCUGGAGAAGAGAAGACUGUGGGGCCUAUGGCCUUCCAGUAUUUAAAGGGAGUUUAUAAACAAGAGGGAAAUCAACUUUUUACACGGAUGGAAAGUGAUAGGACAAGGGGGAAUAGUUUUAAAAAAGAGGAAAAGAGAUUUAGAUUAGAUGCUGGGGAAAUUUAUUUUCUGAGUGAGUGAUGAGGUGCUGAAACAGGUUACCCACAGAGGUUGUGGAUGCUACUCAUUCUUGGAGGUGCUUAAGCCCUGUUUGGAUGGGGCCUGGGCAAUCUGAUCUAGCAGUUAAUCUAGCAGCUGGCAACUCUGCCUGUGGCAGGGAACUCAAUGAUCCUUGAGGUCUCUUCUAACCCAAACUAUUCUAUGAUUCUGUGGCUUGCUUCAGGGGUUACCAGCAUGGCUGUAGGACCAGUUAGUGCUAAAGCUGCUUGCCUGUAGUGAUAACUGCUAAUCCAUUGAGAAUAUUUUUUUGCCCCUCAACAUCAGACCUGAGCAACCAGCUUCUGAGGGGAAGCUGGAGAAUGCAUAUUCUCCAACAUUUAAUUUAAUUACAUGUAAGUUGAUUAAGGAUGUUAUCUUCAUUUCCAAGGGAAAUGAAACAUUCAUUCAGAGUCAUGUCAGAGCUCUGACUGUCAGGUUUUUUUCUGCUUUCUGCAGCUUCAGUGGGGUCUUGGUCUUUCCUCACAGCACAGGCGUUGUCUGACCCAGAACACGGCUUCUUGCUUUAAUGUUCUGAAGGGCCUGAAUGGAGCUAGAACAAAGAGCAACUAUUCCAUCCAGGCUCUAACAAGAAGGUUUUUAUGUUCUAGUUAGCACAGAUCAGUCCAAUUCCAAAAAAUUCAAAUGCCUUUGCCCCAUCUGGUAGCAACUGUAACAAGGCCUUUGGGAGGCAAGUGGCAGGAAGAUGUAGAUAAAGGGAAAACAGUGGGGCAAAAAGAGAAGUCGCAAGAAGUAAGAGAGAUUGUCACCACCGCUGUUACUGCUUCACAGAAUUGUAAUCUUUUGUAUCUCUUCGGAACAGGAGGUAAAUAAUAAAACACAGGGGAGGGAAAAAUUUAAAAUAAAUGUAGUGUGUGAGUGCAUGUUAAAACGGAUGUCAGAUUAAAAAUAACUGUAAAGGAAAUUCUACUGUAGGGGGAAAGCUGCUUUUUCCUUCAGCAUUUUAUAUUCCACCUUCAUUAGGCGGAAAGUGAACGAACUGUAAAGGAAAAGGGGAACUUUUGUUGAUUCCCUCUGAGCGCUCAGAGAAGCCUAAUGUGAGUGUGGGGGCAUGUUAUGUGGUGCGGUGCUUCAGCAAUUCUCAGGGUGAAGCCCACAAGCAGCAGGGACAUUAAGCAGAUGCAACUGCGUGUGCCAAGCUCUGGGACUUGGAGCUUUAAGCCUGCGGUGCUGCAUAUCCAGAUAGUUUCAUCCACUCCAUUCUCCUUCAGUCCCUUCAGGGUUGAUGAGUCCUCUAAUGUUUAAAAAAAAAUAAACCCUGCAGCCUGCUUGGAUCAUGUUAUCCAAUAAUGCCCCUCUAACUAUAGAUUUGGGCACCAGGGACUUUUUUCUAGUUUCUUCAGCCCUUUUAAGCAAGCUGUGUCAGUGUUUGACAACAGCGGAGCAGGGAACAUCUACACAAACAUAUUUCUCCCCACAUGGCUGCCAAACCACACUGAUCAUUGGAGACAGCAGGUACUCAUGAAAAUGGCAGUGCCAUUCCAUAAAACAGUCACAGCUCUCUUCUGCUAAAUGUGCUUCAUGAUGGCUCCUUGAAAUUUGUGAUCUGAAAAGUGGCCUGGCCUGUGCAUGUCUAAAGCCAAAGAAGCUGUAAAUAAACAGUUGGAAAUUGUGCUAGCAUGGGUAGUUCUGCUUGUUCCCACGUAUUCCUACAGCGUUUCAGAAACAAAUUCCCACAACUCCUAUUUCUUUCAGACACAUAAGCUAAUGAGGAAGCAGCUGAGACAGGAGUAGAAGACAUCCUAGCGGCUAUCCCUGCCAGGCUGAAGGCAGAGCGGUAUCCCAACUUUCAAAACUUGUAUUGGGCUCAUACACUAAUUGGCAGGGAAGAUCGCAAACCAGAAUCUUCCUAAUGAGAAGUGACAACAAGUAGGAGCAGCUUGUCCUUACAGAGGCUUAAUCUGGAACAUCUUCACCUAGCCAGCUUGGGUUUUAGCAGGUACGUUAGCAAUGCAUGAGAGUCCUCUGCUUGUGAAAGGCCUUGCAUUGGACUACAAUCAGAUCAGGCUGUUUUAGUGUGCUGCAGAAAGUGUUCAGAGAGGUUCUGCAGGUAUUUAAGGCCACACACUGUGCUCAUAUCAGCUCUGUCCUGUCUCAGUGUACCUGUCUCUGUGAGAUACUGAGAGAGAUGUCCCAGUGGCAGUGACUGCCCCAAGCAGACUGUGGGCAAGGUGCGGGGCUGAGGUCUCCAGUAGCCUUCACCUGUGCUCCUUCUGUUGAUCUUGUGCCAUUUGUUGCCCACCUCUGCACCUCAUUGAAAACUCAGGACCUUCUGCUCAGAGUAAAUUAAUAAAUUAAUAAAUGGAAGUCACUUCUGCAGGAAGAUAACCAUCUGCUCCUAAAUGAACAUGUGUUUUCAGAGUUGUAUCCACCGGGCAGAUUUCUUUGUUAAGCAAUAAUUCUGUUUCAUUUUCCUGAACGGCUCUGCCAUUUUCUCCAUUAGAGGGCUGUAGAGCCGUGUGUUAGAUAAUUUUAGAACACAAAUGGAUAUAUAUAUAUAUUUGGGGCCUAAUUUUCUUCUGUAUUGCUCUCCUGAAACUCAGUGAGGUGUAAAAGUGGUGCAAUACAGAACAAAAAUGCACAGCACCUUAGAAUACACCUUAGAAUACAUCAGAGCUCUGGGUUUUUCUGACAAUGUUCAGAAACUCAGAGCUGGUAAGAUUUUUAGACACAUGUAUGACAGGUGAGGCAGAUGAGUGAGUCAGUUGCUGCUAGCAUGUUUGAACAGACCACAGUUGGUCAGUAGGAUAUGUUUUGAGGAAAAAGUAGCAAAGAGCACGUGCAAAGCACAUGUAGAGCUUUGAAUUCUUAAGAACUACAAGUAUUAUAGGCAGAGGCUAGACUAAGAAUCAUAAAUGUUACAGGCUCCAUUUUGCUUCAGCUGUGAUACUGACAAGCUAGUUGUAUAGACUACAAUUUCCUAGGUAGAUAUCUUCCUCAGCUGAACUUUAUUCAAAACAAAAACAAAAACAAACAUAAAUAAAUAAAUAAAGCUGGAAAAAAAAAAAAAAAAGAAAACAUAUUGUGGAAUGGGAUUUUUCAGCCCACACCUGGAAAUUUCACUGUGCUGAGUUCCAACACUUCAGAGCAUGAGCCAUGGCAAAGGAGAGAUUGGCCCCUGUCCUCGCCACUUGCAUUCUGCUGCAUUUGUACAAUGAAAGGUGCUAAGAGGUACAGUGCAGGAUGGAUGCAGCGAAACUCAAACAUCAGCUGAAAGUUGGAACAGAGGGAGAGAAAGACAUUGGCACAGUAAGUCCAGUGCAGAUUAGAGCUAAUGGGAACUAAAGGAAACAGUGAGUGCAUGUGCAAGCAGGGAAAGGAAAAGGAAAGGCAUGGGGAUAAGAUGCCACAGAAGAUGAGAACUUAGAACUGGCAGCUGAACAACAGCAGGGUGAUCCAAACAAGAAGAGCUAGAGUGAACUCAUUGGAAACAAAGUGCCUCAUCAUAAAAGGAGCAAUACUGAGACCAAAAAGAAAUUGCUCACUGACCAGAUCUCUUGCCUGUGAAUUUAACUUUCAGAAUGGCUGGAAGAACAACAAAUCAGAGAACAAUGUCACUGAAACUGGCAUUUACAGAGGCUGAGAUGCAGUGGCAUGGGCAACUUUAAUAUUUUGUAACUUUGAAAUGCUUUGGCUUUGAAACUAAUAUUCCUUGUUGCUUGUUGUGCAUUAUGUAAGCUUAUUUCAUCCUAACAAUUAACUCAUUGAGGCAGAGAUUGCUUUUUUGCCCUGUUUUUGCACAUCACUUGCUGUAAAGUGUUGUGGUUCAUGAGUAGUGCCAUUACAUGUCAUAUUAAUGCAGAUAGGAAAUAGUAUACUGGUAGAGAUCUAUAAUAAAAGCUAAAUGUGAAUUCUAACAGUGGAGGAAAAUGGUUUGCUACAAAACACUGGGAAAUUAUUAGAUGCACCAGGCAAAAAUAACAAGUGGAAAAUUGGAGGUGAGUACCAAAGAAUGGUUCUAUAAGUGGUUAGGUGAGGCUGUUGGGCAGCGCACUGUGGAAGCAGCAGAAGCCCCUCAGCUGGGACUUGGCUGAAGAUGAGAUAACUGUUCAGAAGGCACAGGACUUUACAGGGUCACAGACACUGGAUGGUCUGGAUGCUCCAUCUCCAGCUUCUGUGAUUUUGCACAGCCUUCCCCAAAAGCCAACACGAUGGAGCACAUCAAAAGAUGCAAUACUCACAGACAUUUCUUGAGCUGAGAACUAUGAAAAGAAAGUUGUUCUCAUCCAUGAGCUGAAAUUGAGAGUACACACUAACCCAAAAGGAUAUCAGCUCAAAGAGCACUGUAUGAAAAUCUUAUAAAGCUCUGCAACGCUCCAUAAAUAAUUUUCAAACAGGAAGCUUUUUGUUUCAGUGAUAACAAUACUAAAAAGGAAGAAUGGCAAAUAUCCAUGAAAAAAAAAAAAAAGGCUGAAACAGUCUGCACCCUAUACUGAUGAUAGUUUUAAUCACUUCCAGAGUUACACACACAAUUAUCAGUCAUUUAUUAAGAAACACAAAUGAUCAUUACAGAGGUAUAGAUUAAUAUAGGCUGAAGCCUGGUGUCGUGCCAGUGGUGCACCACAUGAUGGGCAGACCAUGGAAUAAAUAUUCCAGCAUGUCACUGUGCUAUAAAUUCUACAAAUGAAAGAAAUUAAAAAGCCAGGAGCAAUUUUGAAAAUGAUUUGUGAUUGGUGGUGCACUUAGGAGUGCUUUUAUUGUCACAGGAACAUCUCCUUUCACAUCCUUAAGGUGAAAGCACCACUCUGCUUCGCUCUGAGGUUCUGGGGACAGCCUGUGACUGCGUGAGGUGUGGAGGCAAGCAGUGGGGCUUGUGCUGGUGAGUAUAUGUGCACUUAGCAGCGUGCAACUGCUUGUGAGGGUUAGCUUUGCACAGCCUGAGGGUGACAGAACAGCAAAUUGCUUCUGACACUUUAAGUAUGCAAAAAGACACCAGUUGUGGGGUGGUUUGGUUUUUUUCCUUUUACAGCUAUACUAUAACUAUGCUCUGAAGUGCACAUAUAAACAUUUUAUAACAUAGAUUUGGACUAGCACUUGAAAAAUAACCUGAAGACUGGUUCUUUAGUGGAAGGUAUUCCUAUCAAAAUAGCAAUCUGUUGCAAGUCAAACUUUCACUCCAUGCAUAAAUGAUGCAGAACUUAGUGUACUUCUAAUGCAGAUGUUACUAGAAGUUUUACUAAAAUAUCAUGUUAGUAUUAAUAUGGAUAUGUUAUCUUAAAUAGAAAGUGAAUUCAUCUAGAAUUGAAAGGCAAAAUAUUUUAGUUUGCAAGCACUGUACUCAGUGUAAAGAAUGGCAGCAGUGAAAGUAGGUGAAUCAUAAAAACAUACAAUACAAAUGUUGGAAGGGACCCAUAAGGAUCAUCUACUCCUGUGAACUCCUGCUUCACUGUUGGAAGGGAUCUCUGGAGGUCAUCAAGUCGAACCCCCCUGCAAAGCAGGCCCCCUGCAGCUGGCUGCACAGGUAGGCAUCCAGGCGGGUCUUGAACAUCUCCAGAGAAGGAGAAUCCACAAUCUCCCUGGGCAGCCUGUUCCAAUGCUCUGUCACCCUUACUGUGAGGAAAUUACUUCGCAUAUUGGUGCAGAACUUCCUACGCUCAAGUUUAUGGCCAUUCCCUGCAGGAACACCCAAAAAUCAGACCACAUUACUGAGAGUACUGUCCAGGCACUUCUUGGACUUCACAAGCUCAGUGCCACGGUCACUUCCCUCAGAAGCCUGUGUCAAUGCCCAACCACUCUCUCAGUGAAGAACUUUUCCCUGAUAUCCAACCUGAAAGUGAAAGCUUGGAUAUCCAAGAAGGAUAGUUAAUCCUCCCCGAGGCCAAUGAUACUGAGCCACAGAUAUGUGGUUAUAUGAUGCCUUGCUGUCUUCCAUGUUCCUCCUUUGGGCCUGCCUUCAGGCAUUUGGUCUUGUGCUUUUCAUUUUUCUGGGAUGGCAUGAGGACUUCCCAUAGCAGCGUGCCAUGUACACACAUCCAGCAAGGCUGGCUGGUUAGAUAUUUGCAGUUUUUUCUCCAGCAACAGGUAGACCUCAAGUCAAGAAGCCUAUGCCAUUGUUCCUGCUUGUGUCCACAACUGUAAUAAAGCUUUUAAAAAUAUAUUCUACAUGGGUGUUUAUUCAAGGAAAACGCUUAUAGCUCUCUUAGUGUUGCCUAUCAUUAGGUGACUGUGAAUACCUGAUUCAAUCUAAAACGUCUCCUCCAGAGCAAUGUUUCCAUGUCUGACUUCUCAGAAAGGGUUAAUUUUGCAUCUCUAUACUGAUCCUUCUCCAUCCUGGGGCUGUGUAGGAAAACAACUUUAAGAACUUGGUUGGAGGUUGGCUCUUCAAAGCCAGCAGCUCAGGGGCUGUCUUGUGAUACCCUGCAUGUCUUUGCUUUUCCUUCGCUGGUCUUUAAACUCCUGUGAGGUUCUUCCACCCUUGUGCAGGGAUUCACACAGCCUCCUCUUGGCAAAGUGGCUGGGAUAACAACAACCAAUGGAGAGGAUUGUGAGUGUAAAUGCUGUGUGUAAGUGGGGUACCCCAAACUAUUUGCCUAAAUCUUUAUAAGCCUGAAGAGGAAGAAGAUGACCACUAAGUAGAUUAAGGAGUAUCCAGGGUCCUACGAAGACACUUGUGAAGAAAAGAAGGUGCCAGCCCGAAAAUGUGCCUAAAAAUGAGUAACAGGCAAAGACAGAUUCCAUGCUUCGUGCUCAGCUCCCUCAGGGUUGGUGCUGCCUUCUCCUCACUGGAUGUCACAAGUGUACUGAUGAUGUGGUUUACAGUGCACACGGGAGGGGAGGGUGACUGCCUCAGGGUGCCUCCUCACCCUCAGGGGGCACAUCACCAUGUGGAUGUGAGAGGAGGGGGGUGGUGUCAAAACUCUGAAGGAGGAGCUGCUGACUCCCUGUGAGGGAGUGGAGAGGCAGCGCUGAGCUCUGCUCUGUGUGACAGCGACAGGGCCCAAGGGAACGGCAUGGAGCUGCAUCAGGGGAGGGCAGCUGGGGGUCAGGAACAGGGUCUGCAGCACAGGGCGGUGGGCAUGGAACGGGCUGCCCAGGGCAGUGGGCACAGCCCCAAGUGCCAGAGUUCAAGGGAUGCUGGGACACCACUCUCACACACAGGCUUUGGACUUCGGGUGGUCCUUUGCAGAGCCAGGUGUUGGGUUUGAUGAUCCUUGUGGAUCUCUGCCAUCCUGGGCUAUUAUAUGGUUCUGUGAUUCUAUGAUUCUUAUGGAAGGCUUUUCUUGAAUUUAUGUUUACUUUUGUAAGUGUCUCAUAUUUUGGUUUCUCUCUUAUGCUUGAUAAAGAUGUUGGAUGUAUCGAUCACUGAUUGCCAGUUAAUUACAUGCCAUUAAUAAAUCAAUAAACUUCUUUGAUCCUGAUUUACCUUAA